AUGCUGGGGCUGCUGCUGCUGCAGGUGUUGGCGAGCUGCCUCUGCCUGGGACACAGUGAGGUGGUGAAGACCUUUAAAACUGCAUGUACUCAGUUUUUCUAUGAGAAGACCCUCCCAAGUGACACCCUGCGUCCAACAAAUGCAGCCAGGAUCUGCCAGCGUUUAACUAACAAAUAUCACUUUGCAACCCUGUAUGACCAGACACGGAGAAUUCCAGUGUACUCUGCUUACAUCUAUAAUCCUGGAAAUGGAGAGAGAUAUGAAUCAUUGUUUAUUGAGCCCCAGCUGAUCAACCAAGGUUAUCGCAAGGCUAUGGAUACAGAGGAUUCCAUCAUAGAAACAUACGGGAUCUCUUCAGAUGAUAUCGGUCAGAAUCAGGCUAUUGACCAUGACUACAGAAACCUCGAGGAUCUGGACCGCGGUCACCUGUGUCCCAGUGGCCACCAACCUGACGAUGACCGCAAGUCGGCUACCUUCACCCUCACCAACAUAGUGCCCCAGAACAGAUCACUUAACCAGGAGGCCUGGAGAAUCUAUGAGGAAUCUAUGGCCCGAAAAGCCAGGAACUGUGACACCACCUAUGUCAUCACAGGUGCUGUACCUGGGAACACCCAGGUCCCCACUGGCAGGGUAAAUAUUCCCAGCUACAUCUGGUCAGCUGCCUGCUGCCUGGAGGGCAAAAAUGCCACGAGGGCUUGGGGGGCCAUUGCUGAGAACAACAAGAAUGAGGUGAAGGAGCUCAACCUGGGGAGGCUGGAAACGAAAUUGUCUCAGCUCUAUGGGGGGAAAGAUGUUACUCUGUUCAACAAUGCCUGUCCCCGGCAAUAAGCCUCACAUCCUUCAUGGAAAAGGCUCAGCAGAUUUUCC